ACUGGCAUCAGAUAUGGCAUUUGCACCUCCCAAAAACCUGAAUGGUGCCAAAAUGCAAACAAAGAUGAGCACCUGGACACCCCUGAAUCAUCAGCUCAUGAAUGAUAAGGUAUUUGAAGAAAGAAGAAACUUGUUGGGGAAAUGGUUUGACAAGUGGACAGACAGUCAAAGGCGAAGAAUCCUGACAGACUUCUUGGAGCACUGCUCCCUUUCACAACUGAAAUUCUGUUUCAAACUGCUGCAGGAUCAAGUGCCAAUUGAAGCAUUGGAUUUCUCCACCCAGCUUCCCCGAGUGUUAACUUUGUACAUCUUUUCUUUCCUGGAUCCCCGGAGUCUCUCCCGAUGUGCCCAGGUAAAUUGGCACUGGAACUACUUAACCCAGCUUGAUCAACUCUGGAUGCCAAAAUGUCUGCGGUUUGGAUGGCAUAUCAGCUUCUCUCCAACUCCAUUUGAGCAAGGAAUCUGGAAGAAACACUAUAUUAAGAAGGUAGAAGAAUUUCGAGUCACCAGACCUAAGACCCCACCAAAAAAUGGUUUUGUGGUGGCUGAUGUUCAGCCAAUAACAAAAGAUGUCCCAGAAAUAAAGCAGUCUUUGUUGUCAGUCCUCGAAUCAGCAUCUCUGUUAAGAAGGAAGAUAAACAAAGAGAAGAGAGAGCUCCCGCCUUGGCGUUCAUCAGAUAAGCAUCCAACAGAUAUCAUCCGUUUCAACUAUUUGGAUAACUUUGAUCCCAUUGAGCAGGCAAGGCAGGCGAGAAGAAAAGGAGGAGGACUCACCCCAGACCUCAGUCAGUCAGCCUUUCAGAAAAAGAGGAAACCAGGCAGUGGAACAUACAAACUCAGAAAAGCAAAGUCUCUGAUGUCCCUCUCAGCAGAACCUGAUUCACAGGCAGAAGUGGCAGUUCGCCCAAGCUGGGCUCUGCAUCAGCCAAACAGCUGCCCUCUGACUAAAUCAACAGCUAAAAUGUUUGCUCAGAGUGCUCAGUGGAAUGCUGAAAUACGUCCUGCGCCUGCUCGAAGGCCAGUCCCAAAGCUGAGUGAGAAAGGAAAGAAAGCCUUUACCCGAACUAGCAGAAGCUCACCAACAUCACCACUGUUUGAAAGUCAGCCCUGGGAAGUUCCAUCAUCCAGCUAUGUAUCUGAUGCAGAGGAAGAAGCUGAAGAAAAGAGAACCUCAGCAUCACUACUGACUUAGUCUCCAAAAAGAAAAUGUCAAGCAAAAUGUCUCUUUCUCAAAGUUGGUGUUUGGACAAGGAUUAAGAAUCAAGUAGAUAGUUGACAGAUUUAUCAUGACUCCAUUUCUACAGUGAAUCAAUUAACAGAUAUCUUGGUUUUAAAAAAUUGUGAAGCCAGGGACUUGUCAUGUGUCCUUGGAUUGUUUCCCAGCCUUAAUUUCUCAGCUGUGGAAUGGAAAUUGUCUUAAUGUAUUUCAUAGGAACGUUGUGAGGGUGAAUGUUAUGGGAUUACAAAAGCUCAAUUCUGCAUAGAUUUAUUUGUGUACUCAGUGAAAUUUACAGAUAAUUGAGUAAAUAAUUGCAGACGAAGGCACUUAGAAACUAAAACAAUGCAUCUGAAUGCAGAAUUAAACAAGUUGAAAAAUGGGGGAAUAUUAAAAAUUGGUGUAUAUGGUUGAAUCAUACUAAGUAAUAAUAGCUAAAUAACUAUCAUGACCUGGGCCAAAUGUAAUUUUCACAUCCAUUUUGACAUCUUCUUUUCCUUCUGUCUAUCAUGAACAAAUGCUUAUAUGAGAUGAGUAAGUAUUUAAUGUAUAUAAGCAGAAAGACAAGGUGUAUAUUAAAUAAUUAAUUAUCACCUUUUCAAGUCUGCCAUUAUGAACAUGAAGUUUGAAAACUCCUUGGAAGGAGACUGAUCUUGCUUUGCUGAUGCUGUUUUAAAAGCCAUUCUGUAAUGUGACAAUGUUCACAGAGCACUGGAACAUACUAGUUAACUUGGACGUAAAUUAAGGAAGGUCAAAUAUAAGACCAGGAAUAUAAUGUACCAAUUCAUCAAUGAUGGUUAUGAUGAUGAUUGUUUAAUGUAAUUCAGCAUGCAGUACCUACCAGCAUCUGUUCUAUAAUCAACCUACAAAAACAUUACUUGAUUUUUUUUAAAAAAACAGCAAUAUGAAAUGGGAAGAAGGUAUUAGUUUGUCACAUUUUAUUUUAAAAAAACUAUACCCAAACAGACCGACCCAGACUCAAAAGAGCCACAAAAGCCCUGGACAGGUAAUUUUUUUUUUGUAUUCUCCCUAGAAGGGUUGGGAGAUGUUUUAUUUUUUGGGGAAAAACAAGAUAUAAAAGUGAAAUGUGAAAUGUACGUGUCUAUAUGUGAGGGUCAGAUCUGCUAUCACACUGCUUCAGCCUUGCUUUGUUUUGAUGGCAGCCUGCCAUAAAAUGUAGUGGGCGGGAGGCGAAAGGAGGAUACUGGGAGGGGGAAUGACAGGAACCAGAAAUGCCAACCAGAGACAACGGUUGAAUGAUCCAAGGACACCGGCAUGGGAACGGAGUGCAAACGCCCAUCAAAGAGGCACCAAAUGUAGAACUGUUAUCCGAACAACCAAUUUGAACUUCAUUGGACAAUAGCAAGAUGACCAAGGGGAGGGCCUGGGGGAAAGGGAAAAACAGCUUUGUGCGGGAAUCUUCAGAUUUGGCUUUUCUUAUAUUGUAAUCACUUGGCUUUAG